GCUUCAUCAGCAAUUGCUAUACUUUGCGCUGCGCCAUUCCAACAAAGUUCGCCGACCACGAUCGAUAAUUCAGCACACGCAACAACUCACAAACCUUGCAUAGAGACCUACCACGCUCGCAAUGCCUCCCGUCGCUCCUAUCAAUGCUGGCCAGCAUGGCCCCUCCAACGUGGAUAAACUCAAGAUGGGUGCCAUGAUGGGUGGAACUGUUGGUGUCAUCAUGGGUUUUGUCUUUGGAACUGUCAACAUUUUCCGAUACGGAGCCGGCCCUAACGGCAUUAUGAGAACCCUCGGUCAAUACAUGCUUGGCUCCGGAGCAACUUUUGGCUUCUUCAUGUCCAUUGGUAGCGUCAUUCGAUCCGAUGCCGACCCCAAACUUCACGAAAUGUACAUGCGAGCUCAACGUCGGCCUAUAAUGUUGAUGGCCAACCCCGCGUGGAGGAAAUCAUGAGAGCAGCAUAUCAUACGAGACGAGAGCAAUACCCAGUCGACUUCGACUUCCACCCUGUACAGUCUGGCAUCUGAUGGCCGCAAUCUGUAAAAUACAUAUCAAAAUUAUUUCGAAAUGGACCAAUCUAUUGUCAAGUCUCAGGCCCACCAUCGAUACAG